AUGGAUCUCUACAACAGCCCGCCCUCAGCGUGCAGCCGCCCCGCGGGCUUGCUCUGCGCUACACAGUCCGCUCAGACUGCGUCCGUCGUCUCUGGGUGCGCGGCAUUCGAGGGCAUGCGUUCCAGGGACUGGGUACAGAACGGCGGUGCCUUCGCCGGGCACUCUUCGGCAGGUACCCUGCUGUUCUGGCCAUCGUCGACACCGUCUAUCGUGGCACCACCGCGCAGCGCGCAGCUGCAGCUGCAGUCGCCAGCGUCGAGGAUGUGCCUUUUCAGGGCUACCGGGGUAUCGGGCGUCAUCGCUGCCCAGAAACUCAGGAAGCGGGCUGACGGGGUGCCGCUGAAGUCCACCAGAAAUUGUCUGGUGGAAGGUCCCCUCUGCAUCACGGGAUUCUCGAUGUCAGAGCUGUCGCUGUCCUCCGAGAUUGGUCGCGAGACUGACGGUCUCGACGGCAAGCCCGAGCCCGUCAUGCUAGCCAGCGGGUUGCGGCUGCCCGAAACUGUAAGGGCCAAGGGCCAAGAUCCAGACCCACGCCCAACACGGGGCGCUGUGCGCCGGUGCGGGCUCUUUGGCACCCGUCAUGUGGACAGUACGGGCGCCGCUGCGCACGGGCCCGAACGCCAUGCUGCUGAGCAGUUCCGUGGCUACGCUUUCAAGAAGUCUUUCAACCAGGGAAUGCAACUGUCCCAUGAUCUACGGCAGCAGCUGCGACUAUUCGAGGGCGCAUGGCGGUCCGUCACGCUUGGCUCGGACGGCAGAUAUAACCGUCGGCGCGUGUGCAAUCGCGCCAUAAUGUUUGAGAUCGCAUGCGGUAUGCUGCUGACCAACAAGACCAAGGUUAUACUCGCGAGAGGUUAUGAUGGACCCAGCGAGGAGAACCUGUACGGGUGCGCUAUAGGCCGUGAGCCGACUGGGAUGUCGAGGCAGGCUAUAACAGCCCGCGCAGGAAUGAUGGAGGUACAGGGGUUCAAAGUGCAUAUCCUCACGAGUGCGAAGACAGCGCUGGAGCCCGGCUGCCCCAUUCGCGGGAUUGUCGCCUUCAUGCCCGCCUCGACGCAGGCUGUUUGGUCUCGAAACCCGCACUAUAGUGACAGGGCCGGACAACCUGUUCCUGCACCGGAUCGCGGUACGCUAGACAUCGGUCGCGAGAUCCCAUACAUUCACCCCGCGCCGGUUCUCAACGUUGCGUACCGCUCUUGCCAGCGCGCUUUCCGCCGCAGAGCUGUGCGGCUGGCGUACUGCGCAAAAGGCACAUCUCGUGCAUGCGCACGGAAGGCGCAGGGCUGCUCCAGCGGGUCACACUUAGGGAACACAUUCCGGAACUCUGGAUGCUACUUCGGUGAUAUGCCGCCGUUUGACAUUCUCGCAGCAGGGACGCCACAUCCAGACGCCGUCGGCUUUGACCCCGCCGCGGUGACGGUCACCGCUACCGAAGUCGCCGCAGCAGUCAGCUACCGCGGCUUCGGGUGCAGCGGCAGCUGCCUCCGCUUCUUCCACGCUUGCCGCGUCACAGAUCGAGCUUCCUCGACAGCGGCGUGGCUGCCCGAAGCUGCUCUGAACACAUUCCAAACCCCGGUCCAUGCCCAGGCUUCGAUCUAUACGCUGCUCCUCGUGUCUGCUGCCGUUUACCUCUAUUCGCUCGUCUCGCGCCCUUACUUGCAUAUCACCGCCACUGGUAGCAACACCUACGGUACCAGCCAGCACACCUGCCUGGAUCGCGAGGUCUUGCUGCGCUGGUUCCUCUUGCUGUACCACCCUUCCGCCGCGCAUCCUGCCGUUGCGUUCAUGUCCGCCGUCCCCGCCGCCAUCAACGGCAGCUGCAAACCUCAUGGCACCACCCCUUGCGGGCUGCGCAGUUCGUGGAGAGGAUUACCCAAACAGGUAAAAGCCGCGGCGUGGGCAGAGCGGGUCGCAAAACUCAUGGAGAACUUGGAGUGCAAGCUGGGCGUCUUCACUGAGUCCGAGACUGCUCGAACGACGGGCAGGGAUCUCAAACCUGAGUCCUGUGGCACCGAGCCGCUCCAAGCGGUAGGGUUUGUCUACGUCUCGAAGUCGAAGCAAUACCUCGCCUCGAAUCAGACCUUCCUUGGCGUCGGCGGGUGGCUGCACCACGUGCAGGGCAAGUACCACGCCUUCAGCGAAACGUCCCAGGCUUCAGAGAAGGGCAAUCUCUCGCCGGAGGAGCGGCAGCGGCUGAGGAGCAGGCGGCGGAGACUCUGUUCAAGAAACAGGAUCACCGGAGAGAAACAGGCGCGCGUGUUCUCGCAGUGCUUCAAUGGCAGUAGGCUUGCAUCGAACUCAAUAUUCGCAGUGACAACAUAA